AUGGCGACUGAGGGUCUCCUGAAGGAGCUCUGUGAGGAAGCCUCUUGCUCCAUUUGCCUGGACUUCUUUAGGGACCCGGUGACCAUCGCUGAGUGCGGCCACAACUUCUGUCUCGCCUGCCUGACCCGCAGCUGGGGGGAGGCGGGGGCCGCCGAGCCCUCCUGCCCCCAGUGCAGAGGAAGAGCUCGGAUGAGGAAACUCCGCCCGAACCAGCAGCUGGCCAACUUUGUGGAGAUCAUUAAGAAACUGAGCCCUCUGGAAGGAAAGGGGGGAGAAGGGAAAGCCUGCGAGAAGCACCAGGAGCCCCUGAGGUUUUUCUGCAAGGAGGACCAGGUCCCUGUCUGCAUGGUCUGUGGGGUAUCCCAGGAGCACAAAGAUCACGAGGUGGUUCCUCUAGAGGAGGCUUUCCGAGAAAAUAGAGAAGUUGUGGCAGCCCGAAAACAGAGAGUUUGUCAAAAGCACCAGGAGCCACUGAAACUCUUCUGCAAGGAUGAUGAAGCUCUCAUCUGUGUGGUCUGUGACCGAUCCAAAGAGCAUAGAGAUCAUGAAACCCUUCCUCUUGAGGAGGCCUCCCAAGAAUACAAGGAUCAAUUCUGCCGCAGUCUGGAGAUUCAGAAGAAGAAGAGAGAAAGAAUUGUGGUAUAUAGGGAAGAUGUAGAGAAAAAAAGCCAAGACCUGCUUAAGCAAACCACAGGAGAGAAGCAAAAGACAUUAGCCAAGUUCAGACAACUGCACAUGUUUUUGGAGCAACAAGAGAAGCUUUUGCUGGCCCAGAUGGAAGAAGUGGAGAGGGAGGUAGCGAGGAACAGGGACGAGCACCUGGCCGGGCUCUCUGAGGAACUCUCCUGUCUGGAAACCCUCAUCAGGUUGAUGGAGGAGAAGAGUCAGCAGGCAGCCAAUGAACUGCUGCAGGAUGUCCGAAACACCUUGCUGAGACAUGAAGAAAAGGAGAGGUUUGAGAAUCCAGUGACUUUUCCUCUUGCAUUGAAGUGGAGGAUCUGGGACUUCUGUGACAUCAAUCACUUGCUGGAAGGUCUCAUGAAGCAAUUGAAAGACAAUCUGGAUUCUGGACUUCACCUACAGAAAGCAAAUGUGACUCUGGAUUCGGACACGGCCCAUCCUGAACUCAUCCUCUCUGAGGAUCGGAAAAGUGUGCGAGUAGGAGAAGAGCCUCAAGCUCUGCCUGACAAUCCUGAGAGAUUUGACGAGUACACCUAUGUGCUGGGCCGUGAGGGAUUCACAGCGGGCCGCCAUUUCUGGGAAGUCCUGGUGGGAAGUGAAGGAGAAUGGAUGGUGGGGGUGGCCAGAAAGUCUGUGAGGAGGAAGGGAUUGUUCACCUUUAGUCCUGAGGAAGGAUGCUGGGAGGUGGGGAAAUAUAGGGGCCAGUACAGGGCAUCUAUAAAAGAUGGUGCCUUGAUCCUGAGUGGGGAGCUCAAGAGGAUCCGGGUCUGUCUGAACUAUGCUGGGGGGCGAGUGGCCUUUUUCGAUGCUGACAGAGCAGCCCUGAUCUAUGAGUUCUCUGGAGCUUCCUUCUCUGGAGAGACCCUCCUGCCCUCCUUUUGGGCCCGUUUCAAAGGCCACCUGCAACUUUGUUAAGACAGUCAUUUCUCACCAGGGCAAUUAAUAAAAAUAAUAUUACUCAAGAUUCCCAUUUUAUAGUUCUGCAGAGGUCUUCUCCAGGGCCCCAGUUGACAUAACUGAUAAAUAAAAUGGAGUCUGUUUUUCCCUCCAUUGCCCAAUAUUCCCUUACUUUUGUAGCUGAUUUCAGAAAUAGACAAUUCCCCAUUUCACAUAUUAAAUAAUAACAGAUUGGGACCAAAAGAGAGGUCUAAACAAACCAGCAGGCUUCUGCUAACUCCCAUAACCCUUAAUCCUGCCUUUAUCUCGUUUUUUCUCACCCUCCCAUCCCAAUCUCUUCCUGCAGUGGAGAAGAAGCUCUCCCCCCCCCCCACCCCCACAUUCUUUCUUACUUCUGGAAGGAAGAUUAGAUGUUUGGAAAUCAUUUGUCAGGUAUCCCACACCCUUUCAAGUUUUGUUCAGUACAGCUGUGGGGCAGAUGUGGGGUGGGGUAGCAGUGCCAAUGGAGGGAGUGUUUAACUCUUCCCCCAUCUCCUUUUUGUGAUGUAAAAUGUCUUCCUUCACAUUGCAACUGUGUGUGGGGAGGCUGUUUUCAAUGUGUUGAGAAGUCUGCUUAUAUUAAAGGUUUCUCUUCCUGU